AUGUCAGGGGAGGAAUCCAUCGACAAUGGCGCCGAUACUGUCACCAAGAGGAACGAGGCUUCGGGCAAAAAGCGAUCUCUGCCCUCGUUGCUGAACCACUUUAACGGAAAUGACCUCAAGACCCUCUUCCGCUGUUCCGCAGCUGCUUGGGUUGCUUCACUCCUCAUAUUCAUAGAACCUUCACUUCACAGCAUUGGCGUUUCUACCUUCUUUGCCGCUUUAGUUCUCUUCGUCACGCCACCGGCUGGUAUCCUCCUCAUCUACCUGCUCGGAUCUUUUUCACUGCUUUUCGGCAUGUGUCUGGGGUGGGCUUGGGGCAUCCUGACUAUGAAGGCCGCAUUGGCUGCGCGUCCAGCUUCGGAUACCCAAGCACAGCUCCAGGCCCUUCAGCAAGCCGCCGUCGCCCAGGCGCAAGCUACCGGCCAAAAUGCUACUGUCAUCGGCCAGAAGCUGGUCUAUCAAGGCCAUAUGCUGGACGCGCGCGUGACGGCUGUAUACUACGUCAUGGCCUGUGUAUUCAUAUACUUCUUGGCGCGAUUGCGAGCAGGUAACAUCAAGCUCACUCUCCUUCAUCUCUUUGGGACCAUUGUCGUCGAUGUCUUCCUGCUCAUUGGGCCACUGCUCCCUUCCUUCACUCCUCUCUUGGGACAAACACUGGUGAAGCCAGGAGCCAUUGGAGUCGGCAUUGGAGCUGCCUGUUGCCUCAUCUUUUUCCCACAGUCCACUUCUUAUGUGGUCCUUCGGAAAAUGGAGCAGCUUGUCCGCAUGUUCGACAUACCACUCGACUUGACCCAAAAACGGUUCGCUGCUGAGCCACUGGAACUUGCACAACUGAAGCAAAGCAAGAACAACAUGAUCAUUCUUUAUAAAGCUAUGGAGCCGGAAGUCGCCUUCCUUCCGUUAGACAUUUCCCGUGGUCGUUGGAAUGACAGCGACGUCAAAGGCCUACAGGAAUGUGUUCGCCAGACCAUGCUGGCGAGCAUUUCGUUACUCGAUUUCCACAUCACCACCAUUACCGCUCUGCAAAAGGGGGACAAAGCAGGCUUGCGGUACGACAAAUACUCGAGUGAAGGCCCGACUGGCGAGAAGAACAGCCGUGAGAUUGGUCAACGUCAUGUCCUACAAUAUGCCGAGCUGAUCAAAGCCCUUCGAACGCCGGAGCAUAGCGACCUUCGCCUUCGGAUGACACAAGCCAUGCGCGAAACAACUUCCCAAGUGCGGCAAGCUUGCUCGGAGUCUAUAUCCAUCGUAGCUGAAUGCAUUCACACCGUCAAUACUCGUCGCUGGAUCCGCCAGCCCACUCAGCAAGUGUUUGAUGGGUUAAUUCAACAGUUGGAGACGGCCCUGGCCGCGCUACAAUCUGCACGCGAAGCUUGCAUCAUCAACACCACCGAGGCGAUUCUGGAUUGCCAUUCUGACCUUUUUGAUCAAGCCGGCCAGCUCAAGAUCACAGACACGCUCCAGCCACAGUCCCUGCAGGCGAUGAUGGUGGCCAUGGUCAUGGAAGAGCGCAUCCUCAGCGUGGCCGAGGCAACGGAGACAAUGCUCAAACACGUCCUGCAGCUCACGACUGUGCAGACGCACCAUUGCAUCUGGCUGCCGUCACGUAUUCGCUACGCCUUCAACUGGAUCCUCAACGGGAGCGAAACAGUCCCUAUCGCAGGCGUCUCUGAUAAUGGCGGUACAGAUGACCCAGACGCGGUCGAUGAACAGUCCAAAAAGGUUCGCGAGCGUCUCCGCCUCAUUCGAGGUUAUGAGACUCCUACUCGAGCAGGUCCAGUCGCCAGAGCUAUUGUCGGUACAUAUCGCUGGCUCACCAACCCGGCCGGCAUGUAUGCGAUCCGAAUGGUGGUCGUGACACUCGCCACUGCCAUUCCAGCCUCCCUUCCUCAUUCUGCCGGCUUCUUCUACCGUGAGAAGGGUUUGUGGGCUGUCAUCACCGCGCAGACAUGUGUCCUUCUCUACAUGGCUGAUUUCACUUUCUCUCUGGUCUCAAGAGCUCUCGGUACAGUAAUUGGAGGCGUCUUCGGUCUCGUUGCGUGGUAUAUAGGGUCUGGGAGUGGCCCGGGCAACCCAUAUGGGCUGGCUGCUAGCGUGGCGGUUUUCACCGUCAUCUCCAUGUGGUUGAGGAUAUUCUUGCCGCUGGCCUACACCCAGGCGACCGCCAUGUGUGGCGUCACCUUCAUACUCAUUAUUGGCUUCAGCUACGACAAUCAACACCUGCCACAGUACGGAUCACCGGGUAGGGGCUACCAGGCGUUUUGGAGGCGAUUGGUCACGGUCUUGUUGGGCUUUUUAGCUGCGACGAUAGUCCAGCUCUUCCCCAAGCCGCCAUCUGCCACCGCACACGUUUGCAAGUCUCUCUCCAAUACCGUUCGAACGCUGUCGGACUACUAUGCCUUGCUGCUAUCACAUUGGAGCCGGGCGAAGCAAGAGACUUCCAUUGGUCCUGCUGCCAUAGAAGAUUUAACGCUGGAGGUUGCAGAAACUCUUUCAUCCCUGAACGGCUCGAUAGCCCUACUCAAGGCAGAUUUCAGUGCCAGUCCAUUCGACCAAGCGGUCCUACGCCAGACUCAGGAGCAAUGUCAGAACAUGAACCAAGCGCUCGGAAGACUCUUAUACUUGUCGACUACGCUUCCUAAGGAAUUUCAAGAGAGACUAGUCACCACCCUUGGAAUAUUGGAUGAUGGCGCCAUCGGAAACGUUAUGGCUGUGUUGGCAAUCAUCGAACAAGCCCUACGGACCGGGUCGUCUCUCCCCGAGAGGCUUCCAGUGCCUCUUGUGCGUACCUGCUUUGAGUCUCUUUCCUCUGCACAGCACCAGAAGAUUGAGCUGAGCACAUCGCUUGUGCGAGAUGAAAAUUAUCGACGCUAUUGCGUUGCUGUGUCGUCUUACCUCAAAUUUUUGUCUGCCAUUGACGAUUUAGUCCUGGCUCUGAAAGAAACGCUGGGAGAACGCCACGUGGUGUACGUAUGGGAUGGCAAUGUUUGA